GGGAGAGGGAGAGGGAGCGGGCGAGCCGGCCGGCCUCCGCGCCUGGGCGGCGUGACCCUCCCGGGAGGCGGGGUGGAGAUCCGGGGUCCCGGGCCCGCCGCGCCGCACACGUGCCCGGGGGCCCGCGGGCGCCGCCUUCCCGCGCUUUGCCUGGGAUUCCAUGGAGACUCGGGCCCCGCCGCCUCCUGCGCGCAGUGGUCACGUCCCGGGAAAGGUUGCCCUCAUUUGCCCGGUCGUAGUGUCAUGCCGGCACCGCGCCGGGCAGGGAGGGCGGAGGCGCUUAUGAAUGGGAGACCCUCGCAGGUUGUUGUGGCAGAGUCAGCGAACGUUUAGGGCCGGGAAGACAACAAAGUUGGAAGUUGUCUCCUUAAGCUGACCCUUGUGCGGAUCGGGAUCCCGAGCCCCGGAGCAGGAGCUCCCGAGCCAGCUGCUGAGCGGCGAGACUGGUUUGCAUCCCAGCGCCCGUGGGCCCCACCAGCUCUGGGCGCUCGGAUGGCGGGCGCCAGCUUCGGCCUUGAAGCUGGAAUCUUCCCGGAGCAAUUCGUGUUACCUAGUGGGGAAUGCGGCCUCCUCGGAUUCUCCCACACGAUAAGUUAAUUUCCCGAAGGAAUGAAAAAGAUACAUGGUCUGCGUUGUUUCGUUUGGAGUUUGACUCCGGUGUAGUUUGAAGGAAGGGUAAAGGGACGCUGAAAGGAUUCCGUUUUUCUCUUCCAGUUGGUACGAAGGCUCACGAAUCAGUUUAAUUAACUCAACUUGAUCAGUCUGGCUGCCUCCACGCCCCAUUGCCUCCUUCAAGCCAAAGCUACGCGUAAUUUGAAACAGAUGCCCCUUCUGAGUUAAUCUGUUAAGACUGUUUGUUAACUGUUCUAAUAAUUCUACAAGUAGUUAUUUGUAGGAGUUGAUGUGUUUGUUUGACUUGCCUAAAAGGGUCGAAUCUAAAAGGGUUGAAUUCGCAUUGAUGACACAGUACCAUCUGCUGUGCCUCUUCUAAGAAAGAAAUGUCCACCCCCGCCAAGGGAAUGGGCUGCAUUGGAUGUGACCUGUCUGUGACUCCUUUCCCCCCUUGUCUCCAUUUUCCUCUAAAAUGCAGGGUUGGGUGUUUUGUUUUCUCUUUUUGGCCAGGUGGGAAUACUCUGCUUGAUAGAACAGACCCAAAAGGCAAGACUUGAGUUGAAUCCUGUCUCUGCCACGGACUUGUUGUAUGACCUUGGACAAGUCCUUGUCUUCCUCUGGACUCAGUUUUCCAUCUGGAAAAGGAAGAGAUUGGGUUAGGACCCUGAUAUCCUUCUCUAGAUACUGGAUGGUCACCGUCUUAUCAACCUUAGUAAUUGGUACUGCCUCUCCAGGUCUAUCAGUAACAUAAAGUCAGUGUUUUGUACAUCUAAUUGUAUGUCUAAUUUUAGUUGCUUUAUUAAGUAGUGUUCUUGUGCUGUUGCUGGUUUUAACAUUUUUUGUAAAGAUUCUUGGUGUCUAGUCAUUGACAACAUGCUUCAAGUGGUUAAAAAACUUCUUGGUGGCUAAAAUUAUUCUCCGCUGCUGCUGAUUAGGAAGAUGUUGGUAUUCAUUGGUCAUCCAGCCUGCCCACCCCCUCCUCUGAGAGGUGUCCUGACUGGGAUCACACAGGUCUUCAGUGUGAUGGAUAAAAAGCAUUCCUUGUUAUUCAGGCGUUAAGUCAGUGACAUAGCUUGAAAAUCAUACAGAAUUGGUUUCUGUAUUGGUUAUUUUAAUAUUCUAUGUGAAUGAAACACCUCUCCUUUUCUAGUCAAUAUUAAUUAAGUCCAUGCCUUGCCAAUGGUUGAUUUUUGUCUAAAGUAGAGGAGUAGACCCUGGUUUUCCCAAACUUCUAGGCUCCAGCUCAAACCUACUGAAUCAACAUUUCCAGGAGAGCAGCCUGGUUAUUGGAAUGUUUAACAAGUGUCCCAGGUGAUUCUUAUCAAGCAAAUUAGGGGCGCAAUGGACCCAGGGGUUGCUUCUCAAAGUAUGGUUAAUAGCCAGGCAUUUUAUCAACUUCACCUGGGAGCAGGUGAAGGCAGGCAGCAUUUCUGGUCCCACUUGAAGCCAAUCACAUCAGAAUCGGCCUUUUAACAAGGUCCCCAGGUGAUUCGUGUGCAUGUUUAUGGUUGAGAAGUUCUGGAAGGCCUAUGAUGAUAGUAAUGUUUGGUGCUGUGCUUUGUAGUUGUUCUAAGACCUCCUGGUGUGUGUUCACAGUUCAUCGUCGUAUUUGUCCGAUGUGGCUGUUUGAUUGCCCUCGUAUUAUAAUGAUAGUACUUUUAUUUUUCACCUUGUAUAGACGGGAACCUCCAGCUUUAGGGGCCCAAAGGGCCACCAUACCAGUGGCAGAGCAAGCAUUCAGACCCAGGCGUGUGUCACUUGGCCGAGCUCCUAACCCAUUCCUUUCCAGGCUACUGUUUUGUGACCUUCUCUUAGGGUCUCAGGCCGCUGUCUGAAUUUGGAACAGAACCCAGUGGAUUGAUGGUUUAACUUAGGCCUCUGAAAAACUGGUUUGAUGGGGCUUGGGAUGUGCGGUUGGCUUGCUUAUUGGCUUUCGUUUCUUGAGGGUUUCAGAAAGGUUGGUUGAAGUGCCCUCACCUGUGGCUGUAGCAGUGCUACGUGAGCAAGGUUUUUGGUCUGCGUGCUUUUCAUGGGGAGGUGGUGGGCAGGGAGAAGGGGAGGCGGAUCACUAAACUGCUCUGACAGCUCGAGCCCCCUCCUUUGGAGCAACGUAGAGACAGUUUCCCGGUUCCCUGAAGUUCAAGUCCAGUAGCUAGGCAGCAGGCCUAGAGAAAGGGGGGCUGCGGAGGCCCGACUGAUGGUGAACUCUUGCCUCCUUCUAGGAAUAUGAGGUGCCCAUUGUAAGCUCGUGAGAGUUGCCCUCCGCGGAACCCAGCAGAGGAGUGGGCAAACAUGAAAUCCAAUCCUGCCAUCCAAGCUGCCAUUGACCUUACGGCGGGGGCCGCAGGGGGCACAGCAUGUGUACUCACCGGGCAGCCCUUCGACACCAUGAAGGUGAAGAUGCAGACGUUCCCCGACCUGUACAGGGGCCUCACCGACUGCUGCCUGAAGACCUACUCCCAGGUGGGCUUCCGGGGCUUCUACAAGGGGACCAGCCCAGCGCUGAUUGCCAACAUCGCCGAGAACUCCGUCCUCUUCAUGUGCUACGGAUUCUGCCAGCAGGUGGUACGGAAAGUGGUUGGAUUGGAAAAGCAGGCGAAGCUGAGCACAGUUUGGUCUGUCGUGAAGAGUAUCCUUAGGAAGGACGGCCCCUUGGGCUUCUACCAUGGACUCUCGAGCACUUUACUUCGAGAAGUACCGGGCUACUUCUUCUUCUUCGGUGGCUAUGAGCUGAGCCGAUCGUUUUUUGCAUCGGGGAGAUCAAAAGAUGAACUAGGCCCUGUCCCUUUGAUGUUAAGUGGUGGAUUUGGUGGAAUCUGCCUCUGGCUUGCUGUUUACCCAGUGGAUUGUAUCAAAUCCAGAAUUCAAGUUCUCUCCAUGUCUGGAAAGCAGGCAGGAUUUAUUGGAACUUUCAUAAGCAUCGUGAAAAAUGAAGGAAUAACGGCCUUAUAUUCUGGACUGAAACCUACCAUGAUUCGCGCGUUCCCUGCCAACGGGGCACUCUUUUUGGCCUAUGAAUACAGCAGGAAGUUGAUGAUGAGCCAGUUUGAAGCAUACUGAAGUGUUCUGGCAAACCUUGAUCAAAGUGAAGCUGUUUGAGGACUGCAGUUCUCAGGGUUUCAAGGAGUACAAGACCAAUGUGGAAUUUUUUGAUUUUGUGGGAAAUUUUUUUUUGUCUUCCAUUUUUCUACCUUCUACCUUAAACUUUAUAGAAGAGCUUCUCUUUUCUAUUAUAUAAUUUCUGCCCAUAAUUGUAGUGAAGUGGAAAAGUUGCUGCUCUUGUCCUUGGUGGGACAUACAGGGUGGGCUGCUGGCCCGAGGUACCUAAUCUGAAAGGCUAAGUAGAGCUAUCUUAAGGGCUUUUGCGUAAACCUGUAUGUGUACAUGCGGUUUAGGUGGUUGUGUUGUGAGUGAAGCACAAUUUAGUUCCAUGUUUAAUCUCAGAUCUCACUAGAAAAAACCAGAGGUAACCAUGUUUCAGGAGGAUGGUUAUAAAUGCUUCAUCCAUGCUAGAUGUGGGUCUCUUUUAAAAUCUACUUAGCACAUACCCUGUAAUAAGUGGUUAAAGUUUUUAAAAAGUUUUCCUGUGGUGCUUGAAAACUAAGGCGUCCGUCUAGAUUCUAAAGAGGAGAAUAUAUCUGCAUAGUGGUGUGGCUUCCAUGUUCUUGAUUUCAGUUUCAGAGUAAGCAUCCUGGAUUUUCCCAAGGUGCUCCUCUGUGGAAACAGUGCCACCCAUCUUCUUCCAGGUGGGAUCCCAUUCCACGCCCGGACAUAUUGUUGGGUGUGGCCCAGAGCCUUUGGGAAGCAGCACGGCCCUCGCCUGUGCCAGCCCCUCCUCCUGUCCCAGGGAGCUUGUCUCUGCUGGGCUCGAGCUCGAGGCAGGGGCUGAGGGGAGGGGCCUGUGGUGCUUUGUGAAGACUGUGGCUGACAGCUGCCCUGAGCUGCUGCCUCUGUGUCCGGGCCUGGGCGGGAUUCCAGGGAAGUUGUCGGACCACCUUCGGGCUGCUGAUCCACUUUGGACCACGCCCUCCUUGCCUCUGCCAAUCGGAAGCCCUUCCAGGGAGCAGAGUGCCAAAGCCAAGAGAGGCCCUGGCUCCCCGUCUGGGGACAGAGUGGUGCUUGUGGGCAAAGCGGUCUCCUUUCAGAGGGAACCAGAGUGUCGUGCUUGCACUCCCCGUGAGUGGUGUCAGGGCUGAAGUUUGUCUCGGGAUCCCUCACUCCUUGCCACGCUGGAGCCUUUAAUAUGGGGUACUGGCUGUCGUGAAUUUCAGUGAUGGUGGUCUCUGGGGUGUGACUUAAUAAAUCAAUGAAGCAAAGGUAAUUUCAUUAAACUGUGCCGUAGGUAUGCACUACUAACAAACCCUGGUUCACCUGACUCCCGUAGACUUGGGAUGGGCAGCUGUUCCCUGGCCGUCCGGUUUACGUGAGCCCUUGUCACCAGUGAAGUCAGCCGCCUCGUUCUGUGCUGCCCCGAGACCCCCCAGGCCUCUAAUAAAGAGCUCUUAAUCCGCCCCUGCGGCUGACGUGUUAAUAAUGGUCCACACUGGUAUGUCCCCCCUUGUUGGCAGGACGGAAGCGUUGUGUGUGAGGCCUCCAGUUUCCAUAAGUUUUUGUUCUCCCUGCAGCCUCGGUGGUGACUCCGGCCAGAAGCCAGAGAGGGUCGGGAAGGCCAGCUGCUGGCAGACGUUUAGCGGAGGGGGGAUGCCCGGUGUUGUGCCCGACGGGCUCCAGAGCUAUGCCUGGUCUUCUGUUUGCCUUUUUUUGAAAAGCAAUUUUUCUACCUUACUUUUGUCCGUACUUAAAUGGUCAGCAGCUACUGAGUGGUGCUUCUUCUGAACAGGCCUGGAUUGAAGCAAAAAUAGCAAAUGGGACUGGCUUCCCCCAGGAAGUGACCUGCUCCAGAGCCCACCGGGCCCCUGUUGUCUAAGCCCUGUUGGCAGUAGGUCUUCUCACGUGUUGUCCUGUAAAGAUUUAACUGAAUAUCUUCAACAGAAACUGUCUGAGGCAGGUAAGAGUGAGUGGGAGUAAUGAAUGGAAACUUGAGAGUUGUUUUUUUUUUAACGUUUCAUUCUGUUUGCUUAAUUCAUGGUUUAGUAUUUGAGUACAGUUUGUACCAUUUCAAAUCUGUACUCCGGACAAAAAGAGAGUAACUUGAAAUACCGUGUUUAAAGAAAUUCUCGUGUUCUAUCAUUAAAUUUGCCUAAUAGUUGACGAUAUGAUUUAAGUACUUUAUGUGCUAAGAACCAACUGUCAGGAAUGUUUGAGUUAUGUAUGGUGAUAUUUCAAGGUGAUGGUUUUAUUGCAACGAGCAUUGUUUUUUUUGUCAGCAAGAUUCCUGAUGUACAAUAACUACUGAUAUAAAUGCAUAUUCUGUAUACACUGCAGUUGCGAAACGUGGCCCACUAGAAUUACUCUCCCUCCACCAGGCUGUGUAUGUGAUGUGACUGAUUUGGCAGGAUGCCAUUCUAUUUUUUAAAAUAAACUUCUGGAUAUCAA